AUGGAGGCCUUGGCCAAGCGGGUUGGCCGCUUCGAGGCCGAGCUGGACGCCCUCCGCCGCGAGGUCCUGCAGCUGCAAGGACCACAUCCCUCGAAGCCAAGCUCUGAUGCGCAGGCCUCAGAGUUGCAGCUGCAAUGGGUUCGGCUCUUUGAGAAGGAGUUGGAGCGGCUUCGGCGCCUUUCAGAGUCCUACGAGGAGCCCUUUUCUGUUCUGGAACAUCGCUUGUCGCGUUUGGAGAGCGUUGCGCUACCCGAGUCGGGGCGCGACCUGGACGAGCUCGCGGAGCUGGUGCUGUCGGAGCUCCAUGACUUGCAGCAGAAGGUCCGUCAGUUGGGAACAUCCAGCCAGCAGCGGCAGGCAGGUGUGGCUCUACAUGCCGGCCACAUGCGCGCAAGCACACAGCCGCUGAAGCUCACAGAAGGUCCCAGGAAUGCUGAUGAGUCUCCCAGCCGUUCCCCAGUAGGUGCAGCAGUUGCUCGCAAUGAGAUGUUUCAACGUCUUGAAGAGAGCAAUGCCAGCUUGGAGGCGCGACUGGAGCGACUUGAGAAGGAGGUAGUGCCUGGACAAAGUGAAGGCCACCAAAGCCUUCAGCAGCGCCUCCGAAACUUAGAGGAGGAGGUGAACGUUCGAAUGCAGCCCUUGAAACGUCAUCAGGUGUCUUUGCGGGUUCUUGAAGAAACGAGCAUGAAAGUGGAGAAGCUGCAAGAUGCGCUCAAGCUGUUGCCGAUCGACCAGGCAUUGCUUCACUCCGAGGAGGCGCUUAAAGCCGCAGAGAACGCUGCGCGUGGUGCCACUGGGCAGAUGUCGCUCUUGGAUGGCUACAAGGUGCAAAGCAGCCUAGAUCAACUCUUCACAGCCAUGGAAGCGUUGGUUCGACGGCGAAAUCAAGAUGUGCAGCUUGUAAAUGGCUACCUGAGAGAGGUCUAUCAACGGAUUGAGAGAGACCUCCCUUCGGACAAAGGCCAAAGUAUCAUACAAAGUUUAGAGCAACUGCAGAAUCAGCAGCAGGUGCUGAAGUCCGAGUGUCGCAUGAUCACGGAUGUCAGGAUACCAGAGCUGGAAGAGAAACUCUCUCAUGAGGCUUCCAGGGCUGCAUCCCUUGCACAGGGCAACAGACAGCAAAUCACAAGGCUGGAAUUGGCGACCCAGGAGGCGAUGAAUCAGCUCACUGGCACGCAGGCCCGAUUGCCUGCGCUCCUGGAGGCCUCAGAGCAGCGUGCUCAGCAGGAGCUUCGCAGGGAGUCGCAGGUGGCAGAGCUCCGCAAGGAGUUGAUCCAUUUGCGGCAGGACUUUGUUCAGUUUACCACAGAUGGAAGUGAAGCGCCUGGCAGCAUGGACGAGAAGUUUCAUUCCAGACUAUCUGCAAUGCAGGAUACCCUCAUGACACUCAUCGAGAAAGAGGCCAAAGAGAAGAACCAGGCAGUCGACGCGCUGUCGAGCCAAAUCCAGACUCUGCAAGAAAGGCUCCGCAAUGCAGAGAUGACUGGCAGCUCUGCCAGCACCUUUGUUGGGGACCUGCAAAUGUUGGCGCAAGACUUCGUUCGGGGUGCCAAGAUUGGCCCAGCGUGA